AUGUUCAUCAUACAACCAGAUAGGUUAUACCUACACGGGGUCGUUUUCGAGGUUCGUGUCAUCAACGGCUUCAAAAACAACUCAUCUUUGCCUUUAGUGAUAUGGUGCUCCUCAAAAGAGAAUGAUUUAGGAGGAAGGGCUUUGCAAGAACAUGAUGAUUUCAGCUGGAAAGUAACAACAAAACUUUGGAAGAGCAACCAAUUCUCUUGUACCAUGAAAUGGGAUGCCAAAAGGAGAUCCUUUGAUGCGUUUAAGGUUCCUAGGGAUUUUUAUCGAUGUGGGCAUUUCAAGAAAUGUUCUUGGUUGGUUACUGAAGAUGGCUUCUAUUUUAGCUCUGAUGAGAUUAACUGGAAGAAAGAUUUUCAAUGGUGA